AUGCUCGAAGUUGCAUUAUCCAGACACGUCUUAGUCGCAGACGCAAAGUCUGCGAGCGUGCCUUCACUACGCGAGGAGCUAGCAGGGACACGGAGUGGCGACCUAGAGAUGCAUGGGGUUCGAAGGGCGAAGCGGGAGACGCUCAUCCUUACGCCGCCACGAUUUCGAGAGGAAGAAGCGCAACAACUUGCGAUACACAGGCAUAGCAGCGGGGUUGUCCGUAUCUUGAAUCUUGACGUUGAGCCCAAUUGUGGCCCGGGACUAGCUCGGUCUCGCCGCUCAGGCCUCUUAGGUGCACUAUCAGUGAUCACGUCAACUGAAGAGAACUGUGCGUAUCAGAAGGGUGACUUGAAGAAACCCGCGAAUCGGUAUAUGUGGAAGACAGAGGAGGGAUGGAACUAUCUCGCGCCAGGAUUCUCGCGCCAGGAUUAG